CUCGGUGAUCCUUUCAUGUUCAGCCCUUUUCUCUCUCACCCUGUGUGAUCGACAGUGAUUCUGUUCUUUAUCAAACAAUGGAGAUGAAGUCCACGCCAUUCAUUCAUUUUUUCCUGUGUUCUCUCAUCGUGAACCUUGCAGGAGAGUCUGAUGUGAUUGGCUCACAUGAACCAGUCAAGGCAACACUCGGUCAAGACGUCAUUCUGCCAUGCCACCUGGAGCCUCCAUUUGAUGUGUCGACUCUAACGGUGGAGUGGAAACAGGGUGAAAAACACGUACACCGCUAUCGAAGUGGAGUGGACGAUCAAGCUGGUCAGGACAAGAACUACACAAACAGAACGUCUCUCUUCCAUGAAGAAAUGACCAGAGGAAACAUUUCACUGAAACUGACCAAAGUAACUGAACUGGAUGCAGGAAAUUACACCUGCCAUGUUCCUAAACUGCACAGUCAGGUCAGGAGAGGCAACGUUACCCUCACUGUUGAGCAGUUAGAGUUGAUUUGUUCAAAGAAACCAAUCGUGGCCCUGGCUGGUGAUGGUGUCAUUCUACCAUGUCACCUUGAACCUCCCAUCGAUGCAGAUUUAGAGACCGUGGUGUGGACCAGACCUGAUUUGAACCCAGAGUACAUCCAUUAUCACCAAGAUGGACGACUGAAUUCUGAUAUUCAAAAUCCAUCUUAUUAUUUCCGCACCAGACUGUUUGUGGAUGAACUGAAGAACGGAAACGUCUCCGUGAAAAUCUUCAAGGUGAAACUUUCUGAUGCAGGAGAAUAUAAAUGUUCUCUUCCAUCAAUGCAGAAGGAAGCGUCCAUCCAACUCACUGUUGAUGAGUCUGAUGUGAUUGGAUCACAUGAACCAGUCAAAGCAACAGUCGGUCAAGACGUCAUUCUGCCAUGCCACCUGGGGCCUCCAUCUGACGUGUCGACUCUAACAGUGGAGUGGAGACAGGAUGAAAAACAGGUACACCUGUAUCGAAGUGGGACAGACAAUCUUGCUGGUCAGGACGAGAACUACAAAGACAGAACGUCUCUCUUCCAUGAAGAAAUGUCCAGAGGAAACAUUUCACUGAAACUGACCAAAGUAACUGAACGGGAUGCAGGAAAUUACACCUGCUUUGUUCCCAGACUGGUCAAGAGAGGCAAAGUUACCCUCAUUGUUGAUCACGAUCAAGAAAAAAUCUUGACACCAGCUGAUGGCCGUGGAUUUAGCAGAGGUGCUGUCGUUGGAAUUGUCUUUGGAAUUCUUGUCAUUGUUGGAAUUGGUCUUUUUGUAUGGAAGAAAUAUAGAAAAACUGAGCAGAAUGCAGGAGACGGCGGGGGAAGACAAGAAGACGAGGAGGACAACAAUCAGGUGAACAUCCCUCUGAAUGAUCCAGGGGACAACGCAGAUAAUUGAUCAUAACUCUUAAAAACUUUUAACUCAGGUGCCUUAACAUCCAAGGUAAUUAACACUCAGGAUUUGCCAAAAUGUCAAAAGUGAUCAAGGUAAUUAUUUUCUAAUGUUCAUAUGGUCACUGCAGACCCAAGUUACAUAAGAUUGUUACAUUUGUUUCACUCACUGCUGUUUACAAGACAAAUAUCAGGUCAUGUUUUCCUGUUUAUCCUCAUGAGGACGCUGUUGUCUCACUGUUAUUAUUUGAGAACGCAGACACAUGAGAACUUUUUAUGUCACCUUACUGUAAUUGUGAUAUAAUGGUGCAGAUACUUUAAAAUGAAAAAGUACCUGAGGUAGUACUACACUGUAGAAAUACUCCACUACACGUUAAAGUGCUGCAUUCAAAAC